GUACAACAACAUCGGCAGAGAGAAUCAAUAUGAAGUCUCAGAGAAUUGAUUUUAACUGUGUUUGGCACUAAUGUGUUGUAGAUGUUCCUGGGGAAGACCCGGGGAUGUGAAAACUCAAAACAAAAACAGACACAUAAAUGUAAUUUGGGCUGUAAAAAUGUUGCUCAGCGCCUCCAGGGCCUCCCCGUGAUUGAAUGCCGGGAGAAACUGAAACGGCAUCAUUUGUCUUGGCUGCCAUCUUUUGGCCAUAUGUUGCAGUAGCAAUAUAAAACAUGUCAAAUUAAUUUUUCUUCACUUUAGUCCUCUAAUGCAUCCACUUUUUUUUGAUGCACCACAAAACAACUUCUCCUGACAGCCGGAGGAUUCAUCUUGUUUAUUUAUGUUUUACCUUAUUUUUAUUUAUUUUUUAUUUUGUGUGUGUGUGUGUGUGUGUGUGUGGGCAAGAGUAGCAGGCUUUUUUGCUAGAGCAGCAGCGGAUUCACCAGCUCAGAAACUAUCAAGCCUCCAUGGAGGCUGCUGGCUUGUCGAUAUCCUUCCCCGGACACCGUCCCCUGUCGCGGGCUCAGUCCUCUCCAGCCUCGGCUUCCUCUUUUCCAAUCAGUGUGCCAGCUCCUGAACCUACCAUCAAACCUCGAUUCACCACAGGUUUGGUGUACGACUCGUUGAUGCAGAAACAUCAGUGUAUGUGUGGAAACACCAACAGUCACCCGGAGCACGCCGGGAGGAUCCAGAGCAUUUGGUCGCGGCUGCAGGAGACUGGACUCAGAGCGCAGUGUGAGUGUAUCCGUGGGAGGAAAGCCACUCUGGAGGAGCUGCAGACAGUUCACUCUGAAGCUCACGUCCUACUAUAUGGAACCAACCCUCUCCGACAGAAACUUGAUUGUUCAAUCACUCCCAUGUUUGUACGGCUACCAUGUGGCGGGGUGGGGGUGGACAGCGACACCAUAUGGAACGAGGUCCACUCCUCCAGUGCGGCUCGCCUCGCCGUCGGCUCUGUUGUGGAGCUUGUUUUCAAAGUGGCCACUGGCGAGCUGAAGAAUGGUUUCGCUGUGGUUCGCCCUCCUGGACAUCACGCCGAGGAGAGCACUCCCAUGGGUUUCUGCUACUUCAACUCCGUCGCCAUCGCAGCCAAACUGCUGCAGCAGAGGCUCAACAUCAGCAAGAUCCUCAUCGUGGACUGGGACGUUCACCAUGGCAAUGGCACCCAGCAAGCAUUCUACGAUGACCCUAACGUCCUCUACCUGUCUAUUCAUCGCUACGACGACGGGAACUUCUUUCCUGGAAGCGGGGCGCCCGAUGAGGUGGGCAGCGGUCCAGGAGUCGGGUUCAACGUCAAUGUUGCCUUCACUGGAGGCCUCGACCCGCCCAUGGGAGACGCCGAGUACCUGGCUGCCUUCAGGUCAGUGGUGAUGCCUAUAGCCAACGAGUUUGCUCCCAACAUCGUGCUGGUCUCUUCAGGCUUUGACGCGGUGGAGGGACACCCUCCACCACUAGGGGGCUACACUCUGACGUCCAAAUGUGAGU